AUGUGCUUAGUGGCUCGCGGUAGGUUGGUGCGGGCGGCGGCGUCGAGCGAGAUUUUGCGAGCGCUCGUGACGUCGUGCGCGCCGCGGCGGUUGGUGGACGCGUGCACGACUACGACGGCGACGGUUGAGGUGAGUGCGCUGGCGAGAUUAGUAGAUUGGUUUGCCGAUGCGACAGCACCGCCGAUCGCGAUCGAUGGUGAUGACGUUUUAGGCGCGAAAAAGGCGGUGAAGGACGCUCGAUGGCGUCGCUUAGCGUUUCGAGCGGCGAUGCAUCGCGCGAGCGCCGGCGCGACAGGCAGCGCGUGUGGUAUCGCCGCAAGACUUGCGUCGCUUUGGGCGCUUCGAGGUCGCACUGAAAUAAGUGAAGAAGAGUGCGCGGCGCUGUUCGCGGCGUUGUGUCAAGGUUUGGGUUUGAUGUGUCGCGUAGUGUCGUCGCUCGAGCCAGUGCCGGUUCGCGCGAGCGCAGCGAAACUCGAAUCCAUGGGCGUGCUGCAUACACCUAAGCCACUGCCGUUAGAGACUGUGCGACGUCGCGAAGGACUUGUCCGACACUGGUGCGAGGUGUUGUGCGCGCGACACGAUGCGGAAUCAAAUGACAAAGGAAACGCUCGCUGGGUGAGCGUUGUGCCGACGACGCGAGCAUCGGUGGACGCUCCAGAGAUUAUUUUUGGCAAUCGCAAACGUGGCACGACUGCGGAUGCGACGUCGUCUAUGCCGUACGUCGUGGCGUUUUACGCCGAUUCGGGCGCGCGUGAUGUCACACGCAAGUACUCCGCGGCGUUUUCACAGGCAUUGCACCACCGCACGCCAGAUUGGAAGUGGUGGGAGAAAAUCACAGAGCACGUCGAAAGAAUCCAUCGCGACGCGAUCGCGCGCGAUGCCUCACCCGAGCUGCGGAAAGUCGUAGAAACGGCUGAUGCCACAGAGUUAUUCGAGAUGGACGUGAGAAGCUCGAAAGAGCGCGUGCCCGGGACGAUGACUGAGAUUAAAAAUCAUCCGCUCUGGGUCGUCGAGCGCUUUUUGUCGCGAUCACAGUGCAUUCACCCUCGACAUCCCGUGAAAGGUCUCAUCGCCGGCGAACCAGUAUUUCCGAGAUCGUGUGUGAAGGAGUUGAAGAGCGCCGAGCGCUGGAAGAGCGAGUGCAGAAGACGCGUCAUCGACACGUUGAUGAACUCGCCCGUGCGCAAGAUUCACAGCAGAGCGUCUCAGGCGCGCGUCAAGGCUCUCACGCGCGCGCGCGAAGGCUGGUUCAUGACGCAAGCGGAAGGAUCAAAAGAACGCUUAGACUCAGAAGAGUGGCGCGUCUCGAUGUCCGAGCACGACGAUUGUCCGGACGAUCCGCAGAGAAUUCCCGGCGACGUUGCGCUCUACGGCGAAUGGCAAACCGAACCUUGGACGCCUCCAGCCGCCGUGGGCGGUCUUGUGCCGAAGAACGAUCGCGGAAACGUCGAUUUGUACGGUAAUGCAUUACCACCACCGGGAACCGUGCACGUGAACUUGCCGCGAAUCGCAAAAACCGCCAAAUCGAUGAGUAUUGACUAUGCCCCCGCGCUCGUCGGUUUCGAGUACAAAGCCGGCGGCAAGACGCUCCCCGUCUUCAACGGUAUCGUCGUCUGCGAAGAAUUCAAAGACGACUUACUCUCGAAACACGAAGAAGCCGAAGAAACGCGCCGACUCGCGAUCGAGGCCAAGGUAUACAAAGAAGCCUGCCUGCACUGGCGUCUCCUCCUCGGCGCGAUUUGGACAAGAGCCGCGCUUCGCGAGGAAUUCCAAGACGGCGAGGUUUUCCAAGAUCCCACCGCUCGACGCAUCGCCGCCGCUCGCGCGAUGCACGAAUCUGAUAAUCAUCCAACUGCAGCCGUCGCGGUCGAACCCUUAGAACUCGGCGCCGCGGCGUACGUAGAAGAAUUGUAA